CUUCUGGCCACGUGCAGCUGCAGCUCCAGCUCCGGCGCCGCAGCAGAGCAGCAUCUCUGGGCGGCUGCGUCGGAAGUGUCUGCAGAGAUCAUGCCGGUCGUUUGGAUGCUGCGGCGGGUUGCCAGCCGGAUGCUGCAGAGACCGGCCUGUGGCUGCCAGGCUCCUGUCCUGCCCGGCCGGUUUCUGGGCACCUCCCCUCAGCAGAUUCCAGCGGAUGCCCACUUCCACUCUACCUCGUUCUCUGAAGCAGACCAACCGCGCGUCUUAAUUACAGGGGGUCUUGGCCAGCUUGGAGUGGGGCUUGCUAGCUUUUUGAGGAAACGAUUUGGGAAGGACAACGUGAUUCUGUCUGACAUUCGGAAGCCCCCUGAGCACGUCUUCCUUAGUGGCCCGUUUAUUUAUUCCGACAUCCUGGAUUACAAGAAUCUGCGGGAGAUCGUGGUGAACAACCGUGUCACCUGGCUGUUUCAUUACAGCGCCCUGCUCAGUGCAGUGGGAGAAGCAAACGUGUCCCUGGCCAGAGCUGUGAACAUCACUGGACUGCACAACGUCCUGGACGUCGCCGAGGAGCACGGUCUGCGAUUGUUUGUGCCAAGCACCAUCGGGGCGUUUGGACCUACUUCUCCGCGGAACCCAACCCCCGAUCUCUGUAUCCAGAGACCCAGGACUAUCUACGGGGUGUCCAAGGUCCACGCAGAGCUCAUGGGCGAGUAUUAUUAUUACCGGUAUGGGUUAGAUUUCCGAUGCCUGAGAUAUCCUGGAAUCAUUUCUGCUGACUCCCAACCUGGAGGAGGAACGACUGACUACGCGGUCCAGAUUUUCCAUGACGCCGUCAAGAAUGGCAGAUUUGAGUGCAACCUGAAACCCAGCACGAGGCUCCCGAUGAUGUACAUUGAUGACUGCCUCCGGGCCACCCUGGAGGUCAUGGAGGCCCCGGCAGAGUCCCUGUCCAUGAGGACUUACAAUGUCAAUGCCAUGAGCUUCACCCCCGCGGAGCUGGCCCAGGAGGUUCUCAAGCACGUUCCAGAAUUCCAGAUCACCUACAACGUGGAUCCUGUCCGACAGGCCAUAGCCGAUAGUUGGCCCAUGAACUUUGAUGAUAGCAACGCCCGGAAGGACUGGGGGUGGAAGCACGAUUUUGACCUCCCGGAGCUGGUGACGACGAUGUUGAACUUCCACGGUUCCGAGAGCAGAGUUGCCCAGGCUAACUGAAGGGGCCGGAGGAGGAGCUCGUGAGUCCUGGGCGGCUGUCCAGGGAAAGUCAAAACAACCCCGAGGUUCCAGACCCCGAGGAAUCUAGAUGACGUGGAGUUGAAGCCCUAACUGGACUGAGUUUUCGCAGCUCAUAUGGAACUGCCAGACGGAGAAUUGACUUGGCUUUAGCAUUUUCUCAAUGCUGUAGGUUUGGUGGCAGGACCUCUGGAGCUUUUGCUGUCUGCCUAAACUUGUCCAAACACACAAAUCACAGAAGGAAGACUUAAGUCAUAAUAGUUUUCCAUUUCCUUAGUUAAGAUGAAGCAACCAUUUCCGAGAAGGUAGAAGUAUGUGAUGUUUGUUUUAAAUUAAACUUAAAUAUCGCCCCUAAGACUCCAUUAUUCUCUUGACUAAGACUGAAGAUUACAUUUUAAAGGCUAUCAAAGAUAAUUUCCCAAUUUAAAAGAAUUCUUUACUAUCCCAUCAGAACAUAAAAAAAUGCCUGAUGUAUUAAUCCCAUGUUCACAACGUUCACAAUGUUCACAACGAUUGAUUGAUUGUUGACUGAUUGAUUGAUUGAUUUUUGGCUGUGUUGGGUCUUCGUCGCUGCGUGUGGGCUUUCUCUAGUUGCGGCGAGCGGGGGCUACUCUUCGUUGCGGUGCACAGGCUUCUCCUUGCGGUGGCUUCUCUUGUUGCGGAGCACAGGCUCUAGGUGCACGGGCUCAGUAGUUGUGGCUCGCGGGCUCUAGAGCGCAGGCUCGGUAGUUAUGGCGCACGGGCUUAGUUGCUCCGCGGCGUGUGGGAUCUUCCCAGAUCAGGGCUCAAACCCGUGUCCCCUGCACCGGCAGGCGGAUUCUUAACCACUGCACGACCAGGGAAGUCCCUGUUCAAGAGAUUUUUAACGUGUCAAAAAUGAUCACUUCUAGGGCUUCCCUGGUGGCAUAGUGGUUGAGAGUCCGCGUGCUGAUGCAGGGGACGCCGGUUCGUGCCCCGGUCCGGGAAGAUCCCACGUGCCGCAGAGCGGCUGGGCCCGUGAGCCAUGGCCGCUGAGCCUGUGCGUCCGGAGCCUGCGCUCCACAACGGGAGAGGCCACAACAGUGAGAGCCCGCAUACCGCAAAAAAAGAAAAGAAAACAAAGCAAACAAAAAAAAAUGAUCACUUCUAAUUUAUUUGUCUGUAAGAAGAUAUACUGGUAGGAAACUAAGAAUAUCGAGAUGAUCUAGGGGACUUCCCUGGCGGUCCAGUGGUUAGGACUCCACGCUCCCAAUGCAGGGGGUGCAGGUUCAAUCCCUGGUCAGGGAACUAAGAUCCCAUAUGCUGCACAGCAUGGCCAAAAAUAAAUAAAUAAAAUUUUUAAAAAAGAAAAGAAAAAAAAGAGAUGAUCUAACUGGUAAAGGCGAGCGAAACUCUUACUUCGAUUGCCUUCCUGUUGGUGAGCUGAGGGGUGGUGACCGGGACUGUGAUCCCUUACCUGCCAUGUCAGCCUCCGGAGGAGCUUGUCUAAAUAUACAGGUUUCUGGGCUCCACCCCUUCAGGUGGACUCAAUUGAUAGAGAUGGGAAUCUCGAAGGACCACUGGUUAUUCUCCUCCAGCUUCGGCCCCCUAAUUUGGACCAAUUCCAAACGCGAGUUUCUAAAGAGAGCUUCCUUACUACAGCCUUUCUGUACACUCUUAGAUGAGCCUUCAGAAAAGCUACGCUAACCCUCUGAAGCAGUUACUGUCUAAAUAUAUAGACUUACUUUCUCCAGCUACCUCACGAUGUGCUGCCCCUGAAAUCACUGGAAAGUGAAACUCCAGUCAAUCAAUCAUGGAUCUCAUGGACACAGCUGUCAAGGAUUAAAAGGCAUUUCUACUAUCUGCUUAAUGACAGUGUUAUGCAUUUGGAACUUGUUAACUGCUCGUUAGAAGCGUGAAUUUUUUUCUUUGGAGGCGUAAUGGGAUUUGAACUUCUAGAGAAUUAUUUAAUAGUUAUGUUGAUACAGUUUCCUUCCCUACUUAGUAUAAUUAAGCUUACAUUUGUAUGUUUUAUUUGCUAAAACCAAACAGCUGGUGUUAAGGUCUUUUUUUUUAAAAACUUUAUUGAGAUAUGUUUCACAUACCAUAAAAUUCACUCAUUUAAAGAUUGCAGUUUGGUGAUUUCGCAGUAUAUUCAGAAUCG